AUGGAAGAAAUGUACAGGUCUUUCAUCAGUAUUAAAAUCCUUGCAUUCGUUAUUUUAAUUUUGAUAUGUCAUUAUAAUAGUAUAAAUAACUUUAGUAAAACAUUAUGUAAGAAGUAUAAAUUAGAUGGAGAUUUAUUUUUAACAACUAAUAGACAACUAUCAGAAGAUUCAAUGUAUAUAAAAUUAAAUGAUGUUAUAGGAUGUAACUUUAAAUAUAAUAAAUUGCUAAAUGAAGAUAAUUCUAAAAAUAAUGAAGAAAAUGUAUCCAAAAUCAAAAAAUUUAGAACAACGGCAUUAAAUGGAAGGGAGUGGAACAAAGUACCUAAAAAAAUAAAGUCUUCCCAUAAUAGUAUGGAUAAAUAUUUUGAAAAAAAAAUAUUCAAUCUAUUAGAAACCUUUGAUAAAAGUGAUAUGAAAAUUAAUAAAAUGACUCAUAAUAUAAAAAGACGUAGAAUGAUAGUUUCACGUGCUAUCCCAAUAUUUUUUGCUUUAUUUAUGGGAUUAGUGUUUACUUCGUUAUCUAAGGCAUUAGUUUUAAUUUAUAAAUGUACUGAACUUCGUAAUGCAGAACAUGUAUGCGCGGUAGGAAGUGAGAAAUGUAAAAAUUUUGGUGUAUCUCAAUAUGUUUUAGUAGCUGGUUCAGUAGUUUUAAUUUUUGUAAUAUUUUUGUUUAUAUUAGGUAUUGGAUAUACCUUUAAAAAAAUUGAAAAAUAUGAAAAGAUGAAGGAAAAUAAUUGUAAAAUUUGUUAUUUUUAG